UAAUAUAUAGGAAAAUAAUGCCUCUGAGUUAUUUUGGCAUUUUUAUGUGUUUAGACAAUCGACGAAUGCUGGCAAAAACACGUGUUAAAUACAAGCUUUUAAAUAACAGUAUCAAUUUAACCGCAUUCUUUGUUGAGUCUCACCCAACUGUACAAUUGUUCGAAUUGAAGCCAAAUAUAUUUUAAUGUUCUUUCGCAGAUAUUUUAAAUAACCAAAUGGCCUCGGGUGCGAUGUCUCCGAUUGACGAUGACGAGCUCACUCUUCCUCGUGCAUCAAUAAAUAAAAUGAUCAAAGAGAUUUUGCCUCACGUACGAGUGAGGACAGAAUCUAGAGAGCUCAUUCUUAAUUGUUGUACUGAAUUCAUUCAUCUUUUAUCUUCUGAAGCGAAUGAGAUUUGCAAUCAACAGCAGAAGAAAACUAUAAAUGCGGAACACGUAUUGCAAGCGCUAGAGAAAUUAGGUUUCGGGGAUUACAACGCGGAAGCGGAAGCUGUAUUGCGAGAUUGUAAAGCGGUGGCUGCUAAGAGGAGACGUCAAAGUACUAGAUUGGAAAAUCUCGGAAUUCCAGAGGAGGAAUUGUUUCGACAACAACAGGCUUUGUUUGCUAAAGCACGAGAGGAGCAAGCAGCCGUGGAACACCAGCAAUGGCAGCAGUUACAAGUUGUUGCACAAAUGGCAACCAUGUCGCAAACUUAUAGUGAGCAAGAAGAUUAUUCAUAAGCGAAAAAAAUUCAAAGACGAUAGCCUUAAAGGGAGCUGAUUUUACCUUUUUUUUUACUUCAAAAAGACACGUAAAUGCACGGGACGAAACUGUAGUGGAAAAAAUUCACAAAUACAAAAAUGAUAGAAAUUUAAGAGAGAAUAUUAUAUAAAAAUUACAAGCUAAAUGGAGAAAUAUUUCACGCAAUUUCUACUUAUUUUUGGGAUACUAUUCUUAAAAAUAAUUAACAAGAAUACUGUGUGGGGAUUAUUCUUAAGAGAAUUUAUUUCUGUACUAUAACUGUGCAUUAAAUAUCUUAAUUUAAUGUUAUAAUUUAUUAAAAACAAAGCAAUAAAGCAAAUAAAUCGUA